AUGGCAAUGAGAGCUUUAGGUUUUGCCAUUAAAAAAAAUCUGCUAAAGAUACUCAAAGAAGAUGAUCGAGAAGGAAGUGGGAAAAUCAUUUUUGAAAAUUUUAAUGACAUAGUGACAGAUAGGGUACUCGACAGAGAUCCACAUGAAGAGAUGCUCAAGGUAUUUGACUUGCUUGAUGAUAAUGAUUCAGGUAAAAUAAGCUUGAGAAACCUGUUUCCUAGGGAAAUGGGAGGGAAUAUGACUGAUGAAGAACUUAGGACAAUGAUCAAAGAAGACGACGAUGGGGAGAUCAAUCAGGAAGAGUUUAUUGCUAUCAUGACUGGAGAUGUUGACCAUUACAAGAAAGAAAGGGAAUGGCACAAAAUGGAACGAUUAUUGGCUUUUAGUACUGAGCAGCCACAUUUCUGUUUCAGUUAUUUUUUCUAA